AUGUACAACUAUGUUAAGUUUUUGAAAGACAUCUUGACAAAGAAGAAGAGACUUGGAGAAUUCAAAACAGUGGCAUUGAAAAAAUGUUGUAGCACAAUGUUGAAGAAUAAUAUUCCACCUAAAUUAAAAGAUCUGGGUAGCUUCACAAUUCCAAUUUCUAUUGGGGGGCGAGAUGUCGGUAAAGCUCUUUGUAAUUUAGGAGCUAGUAUUAAUUUUAUGCCUAUGUCCAUUUUGAAGAAGUUGGGAAUUGGCGAGGCGAGGCCAAUUACAGUCACAUUGCAAUUAGCUGACCGUUCUACGGUGUAUCCAGAGGGAGAGAUUGAAGAUGUCCUAGUACAAGUGGACAAGUUCAUUUCUCCAGCAUAUCUUAUUAUUCUAGACUAUGAGAAAGAUAGGGAGGUUCCAAUCAUCUUGGGGAGACCAUUCCUUAUCACCAGAAAUACUUUGAUAGAUGUUAGAAAAUGA